ACUUCCAAGUCACGAACGACUUGCGCGUUAUCGGCGUGUCACAGCAUUCUCAACAGGAAAGUAGCGAGCGCCGAGUUUCUAAGAAAGGAAACGCAAGCAAGGCAGAUGACGAUUAUUACUGUAUUGACAAAUAUUGACCCCAAAGGGUGCAACCAUUUUAAGAGUGCACCCCACCACACGGCAGUGGGAGGCAGCGCUGUUUAGCUCCGACUUGACGGACCAGCUCAAGCUGGUCACCCGAGCGAGAAGGGCAUCUAAUGCCGCAGGACUCGUGGACUAAGGGGACCACCCACUGCAUUGCGGAGUAGCAUCCUAUGCUCGUGUGCUUUUCUGAAUAAAGUUUAUACUCUCUCUCUCAUCACGUGAUCGCGUUGUCGCCAAGCCGUUGUCGUAGCGCCGUCAUAACAUCUAUCUUCGUCCCGCCACCGUCCUGCCGACACUGUCAUCCUCGUUACGCUGUGUGCCGUCUUCCAAAACAUGUGGACGAUAAUUUGUGCCACCAUCAUAAAACACAGUUACCGACGCCAGGAGUAUGCUUCGGAAGUAUAUCCGUUUGAUUUAUGCGUUUCGCGUAAGCUAUUCGCUUACUUUGACAAUCAUCUUCGAUGGUUACUGCAGCACUUCCUUUCUGUAGAAGACAGUUUGACCAAUCCAUCGCUGCGGGUUUGCGCCAUAGCGGUUCACAAAGAAGGCGAAGAACCGUUGCACGAUGGCGCGUGGACUUUUUGUUCGUGCAGCGAAUAGGCUCACGCGUUGGUGAGCUGGCUUUCUAAAGAAGCGGGCGCGUAUAGCUUGCCCCGUCGACUGCAUUUGACGUUAUACUCUGUGGAACGCCGUGAAUCCCGGUAAGUGCACGGCGUUUAUUUCGUCGCAGCUACGUCGCCUGCCAUUUGAAACGCAAGACUUACAGCCGUGAAACGGAGGUUAGAGAGUAGCCGACAUGCAUGGUUAUGACGCUUAUACCAUGUAUAGGCUUAGUAAUUCUGUCUUCACAGGUAACUUUAUCGAAUACAUAUUACUUAAACAUCGCAGAAAGUCACAUUCACACAAGGACAAAAAUGUAUACAAAACGAUAUUUUUGUCCUUGUGUGAAUGUGAAUUCCUCUGCUGAUUAGCUAAUAUGGUUUCGCAAUUCCAACUCGCCAAAUUUGGCACAUAUUAGUAACUUUAUCUAAAGGCGCGUUUAGGGAAAUGAUGAUUCAACCCCAAAACUUAGGGGCGUGUUGUGUCGAUUGUUCAGAACAUUUGAUCGAAUUUUUACGUUCCUGCUAUACCGUCCCGCUGCCUGUUCAGCCUCACUUCCGGCUCGACGACGUCCGCUUCUCUGGCUCUUCGCAACCAGCCUGCUCUGCGCUGCUGGCUUUGCCUAUUCCAUUAUAUGGGCUCGUUCUAGACUGUAUGAGUUUAGCGGGAACUCUCGAAGUAGAUUUAGUGCAUGAUAACUUGAUCACAGAUGGUUGUUUGGUGUCAUACCUGGCUGUUAUCAAAAUGUGAUAAAGCCACCGUCAGUGUCAUGCGACAACGUGGUACUGAUCAGCCGUACUUUCUUGUUUUGCCAAAUGUAAUUUACUCAAGUAUGACUCGACAUAACAGAAAUAUAGCCUGUGUAAUGCUGACUUGUAUCCUCCUGCAGGCUUGUGUCUUGAGGCACUCCACACCGCCAAAAACUCGCCCGCUUUCUCCCAUCUCCGACCCGUGAUCGUGAUCCAGAAGACGUGUGUGUGCUUGUGAAAGGCAGUGGAGGAGUGUGGGGGUGCCAGCACGAUAGCAACACUCCAGCACUGCGUUGCCACCACUGGCAGCGGCAGAAACCGCCCGAUGCAGAUUCAGCGGAAUCGGCAGCAACGCACUCAAAACAGCGCAACGCCCAGACGCGGCGAGUGCGACGAAGUCCGUUCUGACGAGAAGAGCGAGGAAGGCGUCUGGGCGAGCCGCGGGCUGUGGACGUCCAUGGCGGUGCAUCAUCUUGACGGGCCGCAGACGUACACUGGUUUCCUCAGCGAGACGCUCCGGUCAUCCGGAUCAUUCGUCGCUGAACGUGAACGGCCCUCCGUCUUCCAACAUUUCUACUCGGCUUCGAAUGUCGAGGACGGAGUGCCUGAGCCACAGUACAAGCACGUCCUCUGCGACUGCGACGUCGGCGUAAUCGAACAGCCAGCGCAGUCAACUCAAUUGCUGCAGUCCGACGUGGAACACAACGGGGACGAAGAAAACGGCAUUGAAGAGCUACACACUGGUACCGACGGCAAAGACGUCGCGAUACUGCACACGACGAUGGCCGACGGUAGCGACGACGAGCAGCGGGACGUGGCGCUCAACGAUCGUUACGGGGCAAACUCAAUGCCGGAAGCCAGCUACGGUCCGGUGUCGACGACCUACGGCACAGUGCCCGUCGCGCUGAUGCACUGCGUACGUGUCGACAUCGGUGCAUGGCGCAGUGCGGGUUGUCAAUUUCCCAAAACACUGCACUGCGGGCAUCGACCCAUCGGCUGUCUGCACCUGCUCCCCGUGCUGCCUUGUGCUGCGAGAAAGUGCAAAAGCUAACUCGGGCACUGGCAGCCGACUGGCCAGGACGUCCAACCGCGGUGCCACGUUGAGACCCUUCAGCUGCGCGCUUUGUGUACUGCGGUUGCGUUAAGAUUUAAGUCAACGACGCAAAGGCUUCAAAACGUCUGUGACUAGAUGCUCUUAAAUGCGUCCCACCUGGCUAGGAAGUAUGACGAAGAAGGAUUCAACGAGUGUUUUUGCAUUCUUAUCCAGGCAAAAGUAGCACAAGGCUGGCACUGUCGGGAGAUGUCCAUGUGUCCCACUGCUCGGGCUGACGUGCGAUCUGGACGUCAGCGCGAGAAGGAUAUUACCGUCCACACCAUCUGUCAAGCCAGCCUCGUGCCGCGAUUUUAGGUCUCUCGUCGUUUGUAUAAGCCAAAAAAGGCGCUAACGGAAAAGGCUGCGCUGCCAUUUUAGAGCAGUUGGAUAAACGGUUACGUUUGACAGCUGGGGACGCCCGAUUCAUGUUCGAUGUUUUGUGCCACUUUUAGUGAUUACUGUUUGCUGUAAUUUUUGGUGUACUUAUAUACGAUGAAGAUUUUAUGUAUAGGAACUUACGCGUGUUCUGUCUAUAGCAAUACUUAAGCUGAGAACGUACGUAAAUUUUGCGGUGUUCAUUUUUUUUUGUUCCAAUAAAAGGGAUGUAUGUUUUGGAA